GCCAAUGCGUCGCUACUAGUAGAUGCGCAGUGAUCGGAGAGGUCGAAAUCGAAGUCGAACGCCACCCCGUUCGCAGAUCCCUCGCUCAAACGUGGUGCGGUGGUAGGGGGGACCGUUGUGUGCUAGAAAAUUGAGGCGGGUUACGGGUUUUUUUUUUGCGCGCCCUAGCCCAACGUUCCGGUAAUUUCCAACGCGUUCGCCAAUCAUCGUGCGUGUGCCAGGUUACGCGAUACAGAUUGGUGUGUGUGUGUGUGUGUGUAGUGCUUAGUGUCUCUCCGUGGGUGAAAGUGUGCCCUCCGUGGGAAGCUCUGUUUGCUCAAAACAAUAACAUCCGAAAGAAAAAAGAAGCAGCAGCAGCGCGUACAGGGUGAAGGUCACGUGUUACAGCCCCGACCACCAGGAGUGGAGCGAAAGUUCAAGCGGCUACCCCUUUCCGAGCACCCGUUGGGCCCGACCGCGAUCAACCCAGCGCCGAACGCCCGUCGACGAUGGGUCGCCAUCACCUCAACCUGGGGCUGCUCCUGCUUACCUUCCAGCUGGGCAUCGUGUCGCUCCACGCCAGCCCGCAGUCGUACGUGCCGCUGAUACGCGAUCGCGCAAUCCGCGACGACGACAUGAACGCCAACAUCGAGCGCAUCUUCCGGAAGGACUUUGGCAAACCGACGCAAACGUCAAAGGACGGGCAGAGCGACGAGGUGGAACCGUCGCCGACCGAGCUCGUUGCACGGGCGCACCCGAGCGGCGGCAGCACGCGCUCGAAGCAACCGAUCGACAAGAACGAGCACAGCCCGCUGCUGUACGUGGUGCGCGACGCCGAGGGCAAGCUGGUGCCCAAGUUUGCCGACCCGCCGAAGGUGCCCGUGCCGGUGCAGCCGGCCGCACAGGAGCAGCAGUCCACCGACAAACCGUUCGAGGAGGGCGACAACUACUUUCUGAAGCUCAAUGAGCUCUUUACGAACGAUCCGGGCAAAAUCACGUUCGAGAACGGGUCCUACCCGCCGCACUAUCCGCGCGCCACGAUCGACAAAAUUCUGCAGAAGAAUAUGGACAAGUACGCGGACCUGUUCGAGGGCAGCAUCAAGCGCGAGCCGCUCUCCACGCGUGUCGAUAGCGAGGGCGACAAGUAUCUGUGCAACUCGAUCGCGCACACCGAAUAUCCGACCAAGGUGAACGACUACAUGAUCGUCAACAUGGAGAACUUCUUCCAGUCCAUCUCGUACGAAACGUGCAGCAAUGUGGGCGGCAGAUGCAGCAACAGCCACACCGGCCACGGGUACGAGCUGAAGUGCCAGCAGACGUACCGGACGCACAAGCUGUUCAGCGUGGCGCCGAACGCGAACAAGUUCGAUCUGGUCGAGGUGAAGUUCCCGUCCUGCUGCAAGUGUACGCACGUCCGGGUCGCACCGUAAUGAUCCCCACCCACAGCCGGGAGAGACAGAGAGAAAGAGAGAGAGAGAGAGAGAGAGAGAGAGAGAGAGAGAGAGUGAAAGGAGAUGAAAAGAAAAAAAUGCCAUAACACGGGACGUGUGUGUGCGCGCGCGCGCCACAUUGCCCCUCGUAUCGUAGAAUUAGUUGAGCGCGUUUUACAUGUGCGCGCCGGACACUCGGCUCGGACAUUCCGGCCUUGACUUGCUGGCUAAUUGUAUCCUUUCGUAUAGCGGUUACUACUGUACAUUACUAAUACUACUAUUACUACUACUACUACUACCACACAUAUUCACACCCACUCACGAAAACAAUGAGUGCUCUCGAAACGGACUCGCAUCCACGCUUCGCUCGAGCGAAGCAUUUCUAAUUGGGCAACGGGCAACGAAAACAAAAAACCCCUCCCCAGGGACCACUCCGGUCCAUCAAAGACAGCCCGAACCACCAGUGACACAGGCAUUUAGCAGCGCAAACCCCCGGGCGCAUUGCGAUUUUAGGCUUAGUGACGCGCGACUACCAAGUUUUGUUUUUUUUUUUUUUUUGUUUUCUUCAGUGCAUGCCAAAUAUAUAGCAAACUCUGUGUUUUUAUGUA